AUGUGGUUAGGUGAUAUACCUACCGUAUUACAAGGGUUGACGAUUCCAGAAGAAAAAUUAAUAUCACUCUAUCGUCACAAUAGCUGUAUAAUAAAACUUCAAUCACCUUUUCAUUCAACUACAACUGCUCAAACAGCAUUGAAAGGAAAUUGUAUUACCUUCCUUCAAAAUGUACCAAAUAUUGUCAAUAGUUUGCCACUUACACUUGCUGAUCUUUGUGAUACACUUAAAGUAAUUUUUAUUGGAGCUCGGCCACCUGAUCGUCUUCAUCUUAGAAAAGUUUUAACAGUGCGUAAGAAAAAAAUUAUUGAAGCAUUACAAUGGUUGAAAAAAUAUAACAUACUUUAUCAAAACAUCAAUAUAAAUCUCGAUAAUAUUGCUCAAUUACCAGAAGAUGAUGUACCAGAGUGCAUCAUGUCAACUUUAGAACAAAAGAUAGGCGAUGAAGAAGCUCAAUCCGAAAGAACUGGAUAUGUUCCUGAUCCAUUAUUGAAUCCCAAAGAACUCACUACUGCAGAUGUCAUACCUAUCAGUAACAGUGGUGUUCUUGAUGUUAAUGGCUCAUCAGUAUCAUCAGAUGAGAUUACUAAUUACUUUUUACAUAAAAUAAAAACAAAUGAUCAAGCAGUUACUGAAAACGUUUACUUAAUUCCACAUUCAUCGAAACCUGUCAAUGAAUAUUUCAAUCCAAAAUUAUUAACUGGUUUAUAUCCAACUUUAUUCUGUUAUGGACGAGGAGCACCUGAAGAUCAAUCACGUCCAAUUGAAAUCAAAUUUAAAGAACACAUACGUUAUCUGUUAUCUUAUAAUGAUCGUCGCUUUGAAACAAAUCAUAGUUUCAUAUUUGUAGUAUUCAACUUAUUACAACGACGUGAUGCUUGUUUUCAUGCUCAAUUAAUCGCAACAAAACCAUAUUUUCAAGCAUCAGCUAAUGAAAUUCAAUCAAUCAAAAGCAAAGAUAUUGAAGCGGCUCUUGACAACAAUACCAAAAGAACAUACAAUACAGAAACAAAUAGUGCAUUAAAUAAACUUUUACAACAUAUAAAAACUGUCGGUGGUCGAGUUAUGGGAUCAGCAUAUUCAAGAACAGCUUUACGUACUCGUAUACAUGCACUUAUUUUUAACCAAGGUUUACCGAGUAUAUUUCUUACAAUAAAUCCAGCUGACAUCCAUAGUCCUGUAGCAUUAUAUUUUGCUGGUGUUCAACUCAAUCUUGAUAAAAUUCAAAAUGAACAACUUAUGGAUACUUAUCGAAGAGCCGAAAUUAUAGCAUCUCAUCCAGUUGCUACUGCCAAAUUUUUCCAUGUAUUGAUCAGCAAUAUCUUGGAAACUAUGAUAAUGGGUGGAGUUCUCGGACCAAUAAAGGCUUAUUUUGGUACGGUCGAAAGUCAAGGCCGAGGUUCACUUCAUUUACAUCUUCUUAUUUGGCUUGAUCAUGAUAUGAAACCAACUGAUAUGAAAGAAAAAAUUCAAGAUGCUACUUUUCGUAACAAGUUAAUAGCAUAUUUAGAAGAUAUCAUCAAAGAAGAUUUAGAUGAUUUCAAAGAGAAACAAGUCAUCGAAUCUUCUGACGAACCACAAUCAUCACAAAACAAUAUUUAUACUGCUUUACGUACUAUUGAUUUGACAGGCACUGUAGAAAAUACACAUCAGUCGCCUCUUUUUUCAACACCAACCAAGCAGCAUUUACCUUCUCAAUCGAUUCCAUCUCGAUCACCAUCAAUUCCAUAUAGAUCUCCAGUAUCAAGUCCAGUGGCACAAACACCAACACAUGAUCGAUCUGCAUUUGUAUUUUCAGAUAUGAAUGUGUCAUCUAAUCAAUCAAAAUUACCUCCAGCCUGUUUACCCACUCCAAAUCCAUCGUCGCCUAAUUUUAAAUCAAAAUUUCGUGCACAUGUAGCACAAGUUGCUGAAUCUAGCAAUACUCAUAGACACUGUGAUACAUGUUUUAAAUACUGCAAUGGUGGCAAAAAGAUUUGUCGAUCGAUUAUGCCACGAAAACGGGUACCAGUAUCAACAAUCGAUCCAGAAACUGGUCGUAUUUGUAUGAAACGAUCAGAUCCAUGGAUGAAUAAUUUCAACGAAUAUAUUAUCUCAGCUUGCCGAUCCAAUAUGGAUAUUAAAUUUAUUUGGACCGGAAAUGAUGCCAAAGCUUUAGUUUACUAUAUUACCGAUUAUGUCACAAAGAUGAAUCUAUCUUUUCAUGAUAUAUUUUCUCUUGUCCAAAAAAGUAUUACAUCAUUACAAAAUCCAAACAAUCAAGUAGACAAGGAAAAUGUAAUUGAAAAAUCACGUAAACUCGUUUUACGUUGUUAUAAUGCACUUGCUUCACAACAAGAAUUAUCCGGUGUGCAAGUUGCUUCUUAUCUUAUGAAUUGGGAUGACCAUUACACAACACAUAAAUUUCGAGGUCUUUAUCUAAUUCAAACUGAACGAUUUUUACAAUCUGAAUUGAAUGAAAUGCGUGCGAAACAAAAUCUUCAAUCAACAUCACAAGAUGUAAUUGAUGAUGAAGAUAUAUUUGAUGAUGAGACAAUUAUUGAGGAAAACAACGAUGAAGAACAUUUCCAAGUUCAACCGGCGGGAGAUAAAAACAAUUUUAUACUUGUUAAUACACGCGUUGAUUAUCAAUAUCGUUCAAACAACCUCAACAACACUUGUUUAUAUGACUUUGUCAGUACAUUUUAUAAGAAAAAAAUUAAUGAAACAGAUAUAAAAUAUUUAUCAAAAUCCUAUACGACUGAAAAACGACAAGAUAAUCAAAAAGGUCGACCAUCUAAUGAACGAUUUUUUUUUCACAAAGAUCAUCCUCAAGCAACAACACAUCUACUCAUGAAAUACAGUGAGGCUCAUGUACCUGUUCUUUAUGGUCCUCAAAUUCCUCGACAAGAUCGCGAUGAUACUCGAGAACGAUACAAUCGUGCACUUCUCACACUUUUCGUACCAUGGCGCAAUGUAAUUGAUCUUUGUGACAUCAAUCAAACAUGGGAAGAUGCAUUAGAAUCUCGAAAACAUCGUAUUUCGGCUCAUUCAUGGAAGAUUAUAGAAAAUAUUCAACUUUUACAUGAAUGUAAAAAAGAUCGUGAUGAACAUUUACUUCAAGUUAUUGCUGAAGCACAGGUCGAUAAUGAUUCGAUUGAUCCUGCAUUUUUACCAUCAAAUCAAGGUGCUGAUGGUGAACACGAAGCAGAUGACAUCGACGAUUUGAUUCAAUUAAUAGGCAGUGUAGAUGAAUUUACAGCUGCUACAAUCAAUGCCACGAAAAAAUCAACAGAAAACGUAUAUAUUCGAGAAACGAUUGAAGCUGUGGAAAAAGUUGGACGGUUUAAUCAUAUGAAUCGUCAUGAUCAACAUGUUUCAAAUACAGGCAUUGAUCAACAAAUUGUACCGUUUGUUUCCGCAACACCUAAUCUCAUUAAACUUAAUUCAAAAUGGCAAGAUCAAUUGAAGAAUGAAAAGGAACGAAUCAGGCGCAGUGACAAUAAUGGUCAGCUCAUUAUGUGUAUACCUGGAUGUGGUGGAACGGGCAAAUCACAAUUGAUUCGUGCUCUUACAAAAUAUUUUCUCAUCACAAAAAGAAUGCAAAUGAUGCGAAAACUUGCACCUACCGGAAUUGCAGCAGCUGAAAUUGAUGGCAUGACAAUUCAUUCAUUCUUAGGUGAACAACGUAAUUCAAGAAAGCCACGUACCAUUAAACCAGGUGAUUCCAAACUUGAAAAAGAAUGGCGAUCUGUUGAAUAUCUCUUAAUUGAUGAGAUGAGUAUGGUUGGCUUAACUUUAUUAGGAAAACUCAAUAGAAUUAUUUGUUCUGCAAAACAUGUCGAUCCUCAAGUUCCAUUUGGUGGUGUGAACGUAAUCUUCUUUGGUGACUACUUACAAUAUCGACCAGUCUAUGAUUCACCAUUGCAUACUGAUUUUUCAUUACCAUCAAAAAAGAGACAAGGAAAACUACUAUCUGAAAAAGAAAUUCAACAACGUGUUGCACGUUCUUUAAUUCUUCAAAUGAAUUGUGUGGUGAAACUUACACAACAGAUGCGAACAGAAGAUUUACGAUAUCUUCAACUACUCGAUCGGCUUCGUCAUGGACAAUGCAAUUAUGACGAUUAUGAAUUAUUACAAACACGAAUUGUUGGCCAACCAUCCAUAGAAUCUCUACAUGAUUCACCAUGGAACAAAGCUCCUAUUCUCGUGUUUCGAAAUGAAAUUCGAACAAAAUUAAACAACAAGGCAUCAAUUCAUAAUGCAACUCAAAUAGAUCACCCACUGAUGGUAUGUGUCGCGCAAGAUACUUGCAAAGGCAAACCAAUCGAAGAUCCAAUAUUGAUUAAAAAUUUAUUAGAAUUAUCUGAUAGCAAAACAGAGCAUUUACCUGGUUUACUACCUUUUGUUCCAGGCAUGCCUGUCAUUUUAACACAAAAUAUUGCUACUGAACUGGGUCUUAUCAAUGGUAUUAAAGGAACCUUUCGACAAUUAGUAUAUCACGAAGAAUCGGUGUCAACAAAAGCUUUCUCGGAAAUGUUUCCGAACAAUACACAAUUUAUUCGUCGACCAAUAUAUGCUUUGAUCGAGAUUAAUAAGUCCAAGAUCGAAUGCAAACUUCAAGAUCUUGAACCAAAACUUAUUCCAAUCCCGUUAGUAGAACAAACAUUUCGUGUCGACAUUGCCGAUAUUCUUCCAAAAGACAAAAAACCAAAAUCAAAUCAAAAGACAAUUUUAUCAAUUAAACGAUCUGCACUACCACUUGUACCUGCUUAUUGUAUUACAACACAUAAAAGCCAAGGUCAAACUUUGAAUAAAGUGAUUAUUGAUUUAAAAUUACCAAAUGAAACUGAUGAUAUUGCAGCAGUAUAUGUACCAUUAUCUCGUGUGAAACGUUUAGUUGAUUUAGCUAUUCUACGACCAUUCGAUUACAAAGUUUUACUUAUGAAACCAAAUAAAUCUCAAGUUGCUGAGAUGGAACAACUUGAUCAACUGUAUAUCAACACACGAUUACGUUUCCCGGAAUGGUUUCAAUAA